GUCAACAUGAUCCAGUCGUAGACCUCGACGACUACAAUCGAAGACACAAAUCGGAGGAAGAUCACGACAUUCUCGACUUACUCAUGGUGUAACUUUCAUUUAAACCUCACUCGAUCUACCAUCUCCAACCAGUGUCGACGCGAGGCGCGACCCAUCCGCCAACAUGUUAGCCUUCCUUGCACCCUACAUCUCGAACCCUCGGCAAUCCCUCUCACAAGCCCUCAACUUUGCCCUCGUACUUUCUACAGCCUUUAUGUUAUGGAAGUCAUUGUCAGUAAUAGCCGACUCACCGUCACCGAUCGUUGUCGUCCUCAGUGGGUCAAUGGAGCCUGCGUUUCAACGAGGGGAUCUACUCUUCCUGUGGAAUCGAGACAAGACGGCUGAAGUUGGGGAAAUCGUGGUCUACAAUGUCAAGGGCAAGAAUAUCCCAAUUGUCCAUCGUGUGGUGAGGAGUUUUGCUCCAGUGGCGGCGGUCGAGGCAGAUGAGAGUGGUUCAAUAUCGCUUCCCUCACCCAAACUCCUGACCAAGGGUGACAAUAACAUUGCCGAUGAUACGGAGCUCUACGCAAAAGGGCAGAGUUACCUGGACCGGAAUGCGGACAUUAUUGGAAGUGUGAGAGGCUACGUCCCAGGCGUGGGCUAUGUGACGAUCAUGCUCAGUGAACAUCCUCGAUUAAAGGCUGCGAUGCUGGGCUUGAUGGGCUUAAUGGUCAUGCUCCAACGAGAGUAGUCCGAUGUGGUGGUCAAAGAAUUAGGUCAUGGUUGAUGUCCUCCAGCAUCACAACACCACGAGCCUGGCGGUUUCGUACUGACCGUCAUGAAAAGGGCUAAACUGGGCCAUGAAUCAUGACAUCAGGCGAUCUCAGCCAUCUGAAAGACCCAUGACGUUAGGGUUGUAGAUGGUCAUUAUUAGAAAAGCUGAAUCGGCCCCCAUAGUGUUGGCGUUGUUGGCCUUGCUUCCAGCCCAAGGGCCGCAAGAAAUAGAGCAGAUAGCCGCCCGUACCACCCUUCUGCCCAGAGCUGAAGGGCUGGACAUGUUCCAGGCCACCUAGAAGGAUUGGCCCAGUCGAGAAGAGAAGCGUGUGUCGGGUCUCAAGUCCUGAUGAUUGUCACCAAUCAGGACCCAUGGAGCUGCAUCCAUCUCUGGUGUUCAGAAUUGUCUGAAGAAAGAAGAAUUCCUUGAGAUCCAUCUCUUUGGAAGAACAGCCUUUGGACAGCCAAUCUAUUCCAAUUCCGUUGUAAUGGGGAAUAUGAUCCCUGAGUACAUGAAACAAACUCCG